AUGAUGUCGCCCAUUAAUAUACCAGUAAAUGUUCUAUACACUAUUCAAAUACCAGUUUCUGAUGCCAAUGACGAUGACUUGCGAUGUCGAUGGGCAAGCGGAACUAGCGAAUGUAGUGGCGUUUGUCCCCCUGGCUCAUUACCAACGGGUACAACAAUAUCUUCAGAUUGCAAAAUUACAAUUACCGGUACCGUUGUUAACAAUUAUUAUGCGGUGACCGUAACGGUAGAAGACUUUUAUAAUUCAUCAUCUACCAGUGCAAUGAGCUCUGUUCCCGUCCAAUUUCUUGUCAAAGUUGUCAGUCCCUUAAGCUGCUCUAUUGGUCCCCAAAUUACUGGGACACCACUCGAAUUUUCAUGUACUGUUGUUGUACUUGGAACGACAUAUUCAUCAACACUGAUAGCAUGGAAUAACUGUUCAGGCGUCAAUAUUAUUGACAUUGCUACUCUGUCAUUUCCUGGAAUGGGAAAAAGUAAUCUGAUGCAAUAUAAUGCAACGUACUAUUACAAAAAUCUAAUGUGGACACCAACACAAGCUCAGCUUGGCUUUCAGCUGAUGUGCGCUAUGGCCGUAAACAGUGUAGGUGAUCAGUCCAGUCAAUAUUGUUUCAGUUUUUAUGUAUCAUCAAAUCCUCUAUGUGGAUGUCCGAAUAGUGGUAUUACAUGUCCAACAUCAACGACAACAACCAGUGAAGUAACUACAGUCUUAAGUACAAUUUCAUUGUUUCAAAAACCGGCCAAAACCUAUGUUGUUUAUGAUGCUUGUCAAUCAGAUUCUGUUGGUGACUGUUCAGCAGCCACUGCAACUGAUUCAGUUGUCAAUAGGGCUCGAUGUAAAUUGGAAGCACGGAAAAGUUUAGGUACCAUCAGUGUAAAAAGUCAGAACAGAUAUAAACAAAUAAUAGGCAGCAACCACUUAGAAAAUUCUGCAAUAAAUCCUCCAAAUAUCGAUGAUAUAAAUACUACUGGUACAGCAGAACAAAUAUCUAAUCUGUCCGUUUCAGUCACCAAGUUACCACGAAAACAAUCAAUUAUAUCAGUAGGUCGUCACAUCGUAGUAAAAACAGAUGAUAAUACAGGAAGAGGGAGUGCUAUGUCAUCUUCAGAAAAACAGCAAUGUGAUCGACGAUGCAGUGUAGUUACCGUACAUCGAAUAAAACGUAUGAGCAUACCAAAAUUGUCUGAGAACUUUCAAUCAACAUCAAAUUUUAUGGAUUCUGAUGCGAUAAAAUUAGAUGUGCUUCAUUCGCCAACGGAAGCUGAAAAUGUUGAUCGUAGAACUGUUGCUAAAACGCCAGUACAUAACAAGCCCACAGAAGCUUAUAGAGGACAGAAAAGAUCAAAAUCAUUAGAAAUACAUAAUGGUGUUGAUAAUCAAGAACGUGGUAACAGUGGUCUCGCUAAAACACAAAAUCGUCGUGAGUCAAAUAUAAGUGUUAUUCUAGUAAAACGUGAUAAAUCAACCUUCUCGUUAAUUAAUGGUCCAAGUAAUCCAUCAAUUCUCGAACGAGAAUUAAAACGGACUACUUCUGUCGCUAGUGCACUUCCCUUCAAAUCUGAACUACAAGCGUCAAAUCCAUCGAUAAAAAACGAAAUAAAGAUAUUACAGUAA